AUGACUGAGUAUCAAUCAAAAGAGCCGGACCAGGAACCGAGAUACUUGUGUGAUUUGUGUAUGAGUAAGAUGGAUGUUAGGCAGAAAUAUCAUGAUCCCUCAAAAUAUAGUUAUUUAUGGCCUAUGACACCGAAAUCGGUGAAAGUAGCGAAAGCAAGAGUUUUCGCUGCUGAGGUUGAAAGAAGGGAGGGUAGACAUAGAAUGAGAAUUAAAGUGCAGGUUCAACCAUUUAAAGCGUGUACCGAGAGUGACGAAUGGGUGGAAGUUCCUGGCUCUCGUUCAAGAUCUGCCAAAGAUUUGCCUGGAAUAAAAUCGGCAUUCACUAGUGAUGAUACUAGAUACACUACCUUUGUUGAUGACGAAGAUGAUUUUGAGGAUAAAGCUGUUUGUCCUGCAAAUAAACCGUUACCUCCAGUGGUUGCAGAUUACGGACACGGAAGUGAAAGCUCAAAAAUGCCAUUGCCUAUUGCUCCAAAAUCGGCUUAUUUUUAUAACUGUAAUUUUGACUUCAAGCAGGGCACUUCUUACAACUGUUUCGAGGAAAAUAGUAAUUUUUCCCAAAGGGCAUAUAUUAAUCCUCUCACAGCUAACUAUGAGUAUCAUUCCGCAGGGUCAUUGGAUAAAAACCAAAGAAUGUUUAAGUGCAAUAUGGAUUUAGAAUGUGACGCAGAAGCUGCUUUGCAUAUUUCAAAUGCAAUCACACAAGGUUUACUUGAGUACAAGCUGCAAACAGACAAUGAAAGUAACGAGUUGCGAGAGCAGUUUGAAGCGUUAAAACGUCAAAAUGCGUCGUCAUUUUCCGAUAACAUCACUAAUCCUGUUAUGUCAAUGGCCUUGAAAGAAGCUCAAUACAUGGCAAGACUUCUUCCCUUCGGAGACGAAGCUUUGUUUGCAUCAGCAAUGUCAAUAUUAGAUUCGCUCAAUAACAAGUUAUACAUGUUAAUGGAAAAAAGCAAGGAAGAAGGUGACCAAACUAUUGCUGAAAAUUCCAAGAACCAUAAUUCAUUGCCUCCCGAUGACGGGGUUUUGAGAUUCAAAAUGAGGCCUGAUCAAGCUCCUAAAAGGUUCAAGUUCGGCCUAUAA